AUGCCCACCAUAUCGCUGCCUCCAAAAGCUACCACCUCACCAUCAGCAUUGCCCGCAGCAUCAAUCUCGAGCACGGCGAAGUCUCACAACGAAGAGCUGCUUCAAUAUGUCGAAAGAUCGCUUAAGGAAGACAAAGAGUUCCAUUUCUUGCGCUUCGAAAAGCUGCAAAGGAUCAAUCUCGUCGCGCUGCAGAUGAAGCUCAUUCGUACGAAAGCUGCAUUGUCAGAGGCGUCAACUAUCUCCGAUGAUAACCUUGAGAACUUGAGAACGACUCUGGAGCAAUAUGGCAAGCAAACCUCGUCGCUUCGGAUAGUACCUUUUUAA